CCAAGAGUGAACCUCUCUCGGCCUCGGAGCUGGACACCAGUUUUUCCAGGACUUCAGUCACAAUGAAAGGUUUAAAAACCAUCACAUUAACUUAUCUCCUCACCCUUUUACUUCUCGCCUCCUUCGUCUCAGAGACGUGGAGCGCUCCUAAGGGUUCGUUCCAGCGCAGGAACUGGACGCCACAGGCCAUGCUGUACCUCAAGGGGACACAGGGACGCAGGUUCAUCUCAGAGGACCGAAAGGAGGGCGACGUCUACGACACUCUACACUUAGAGACGCGCAGCCAGAACACAGAGAAGAUGAGUGUGGACCAGGCAGCCACCAUACUGCUCAACUUCCUGCAACAGGCCAGAGAAGGAGGUGAGGGCAGGAGCAACAGCAGCAGGAGCAACAGCAACAAUAUACGUUGUUGGAAACAUAAGAUAUUUAAAAUAAUAAUAAGAUAUAAAAAAAAAUGAGAGACAGGAAUCUUACCUCUGCUCUCCAACGACAGGACAUUUAAAGACAAAUUACCAUUAAAAUUACAGGACAUUAAUACAAGUAAAAAAUUGUAUUUAAAUUAGCUGUAAAGACAAUCAUUUUUUUAAAAGUUUUUUUUUUUUGUCAUUUUGUUUUUACCACAGGAUUUAUAUUAAAUUUCAAGUCAUGUGAUUUUGUUUUCCUUCACUUUUCUAGCUGAAGAAAACCAAGACGAAGUGUAUUUCCAGGAGAUGCCGGUGUGGAAGAGAGAAUUCUUCUGAUGUAUAUUUACCCAAACACACACAGACACACACACACACACUGGUUUUUGUGUUUUUGUUAGCACUUCACAGACACCUGGACGUCGACUACUAUAAAUAAAUGCCCAACCCAAACUGAACAAACAAAUGUCCCCACCAGUAGUUAUACCAGACACACACACACACACAUCACCUGCUCUGUCUGGAACAAUGUUAAUGUAAAUAAUGAUUUGUUUGAAAUGUGAUGUUUUAAUAAAAAUAAGUUAAAUUCAUAGCACUGAUGGUCUGUUGAUGUGUGGCUUUUUUU